UGUGUCUCGCUGAUAUCGAGUAAAAAAUAAUGAAAAUACAAAGAACCUGACAUUUGUAUGGGCGAGUUGAAAACUGUGUGAAUUAAUUUAUUACAACGCGUAUUACGUCGGCAGUGAAUAACCGGCGUAUAAAACGAUAUACGUUAAAUAAAAAGUAAUUUCAGUCGGAAACUACUACCAUACAAAUAACCACAUCACGCGUUCAUACGUAGCCCCAAGGUUGUAAAGCAACAUGGCGACGAAUAUCGCUCUAUUUUUUAAUAACAAAUGAAGGCUGCGUCUGUCGUAAUUAUACACGAAACCGUUAUGGCGAUCUAGUAUUAAAAUUUCCGGUACCUCUGUUCGACGCGUUAUAAAUUUGCCAUAUUCUCAUACGCUAAAUCGACAGGUAAGCUCUGACCGCUGUUAUAGGCAUGUGUCGGUCCCGCGAUUACUCGUCUUGAAUCUAACAUCACAACUCGGCUCCGGCUGCCCGUCCUCGCGAGUUCAACGCAUCCAUAUUUAUAACCACGUGCGACGUGUUAAUGAGGAUAAAUAGCCGUACAUUGUCGACUGACGUAUACACCCGAUUAACAGCCCCGUUGAAUAUCGGAAACUGCUAAAUACAAGCUCCGUUUCAACACUGAUACUCAAUUCGAAGUAAAUUAUAACGAUAAAAUGGAUCCUCUUGGUGGGGAUCAACGAGUGAUACAACAAUCUCGAUCCACUCGUGGUCGAGGCCGUGGAUCUUGGGCACCGACACCAUCCCAGGAGACACGGGGACUCAGGCGACCACAUCACACUUCUGCUGCCAGCGUAAACACAGGUUCCAUGGAGAACACUGGAACGAAGACAGAUGGAGCCAAAGGUGACAUCGUCAAAAACUCAACACUUUCCGUUGAUGCCGCUGAAUUCGUACCCAAAAGCUUCAGUCCAGCACUGCCGAACCAGCAACAAUCUGGAUCAGCGAUGCCUAGACACUCGGUUCAGAAUCGGCUGAAUAAUGCAAGACAGGGCCAUCAUGGCGGGCAUCAACACGGCUUACAUCAACAGUACGUACCUCAGCAAAAUCGCUACAUUCCACAUCGGGAGCAUCAGGUCUACAUGGGUCCGCCACAGCACCAGCAUUAUAAUCAGUACUCAAAUACUCAAGAUUACGGGUAUUACGACAGAGGAUCAGGGGAUCACAGCAGACAUCAGGCCGAACAAAACGAGUUAGAUGUGGAAGGUGAUGGUGAAGAUUGGAGCGGAAUGAGGGGAAUGAUGGGACAGCUAGAAGUGGCGAUGCGGACACUCACUCUCAGUCCUGGGCGGUUUGACUCUUUGGUUGCAUCUCUCGUUGAUGCCAUUACUCCAUGUCUUACUAAUACAGUGCAGACGCAAGCUAUAAUUGGAGCCAUACUUGGACAGUCCAUAAACGAAGGAAAUUUCCGGUACAGCGGUGCACGUCUUUGCACAUUUUUGGAUAAUGCAGCUUUAAGCGAACGUGCUCCAUCCAUUUUCAGAGACACUCUCGUUGCUAGAUGUCGCGAGGAGACAGAAAAGUCAAUUGAGUUUUGGAUGCAGAGGAGUUUACCAGAAGAUGAAGUAAAGGAAAAACUUUGCCAUGGGUUAAUACUGUUUUUGGCUGAACUAGUCACUCAAAUGGAGUCAGAACCAGCAUCUGUAUUGGGAAAAUUGUUAAUUGAAUUAAUGUCUGCUGUUCUACAGCGCCCUGCUCCAAACUCUGCUAAACACAUCUGCCAGGCACUUAAGUUGGCAGGUCAAACUCUAGAAAGAGACAGUUGCGGUGGAGGGGCUGAGAUGGAAAAUGUAAUGCGUAGGCUCACUGGGCUUGUGAACGAUGGUCAGGUCGAUGUUCACGUCGGUCGAAUGGUUAAUAGCGUAGACGAACUCCGUCGGGGAAACUGGGGACGUCUUGUUUCAACGCACGGACCUUACAAUUCUACCGUCAAUGAUAGUCCUCAAACACCUGCAGAUGUAUCGCAACAGCCAUUAACAAAUGAACCCGUGUUUUACGGUCCUGAUGGCAACGUUUUAUCUCCAGAGGAGAGCAGAUUCUUGCAAGAUCUAACCGGGGACACGCCUGACGUCGAGGAAUUCGGCGAGGGAGAGGAUGAUGGCGACAUUGAUGGUAUUUGGAAUGAAGAAGGAGACGAUGGUGGGAUGGAUGAUGACAUUGCAGCAGCCUAUGAACAGUUUUUAAAGCUUGCUCCAAAUAAAAGCAAUGGUUAUACCAACGUUCCAUAGCGCCAUUCUCUACUAUGCCAGGGUCUGAAGUGACUAUUGGAACACACGAUGGGUGCUUCCACUGUGACGAAGCGCUUGCAUGCUACAUGCUCAAGUUGCUACCCCGAUACA